UCUGUUGGAUUUAGAGAUGAGAGCAGAUUGUCCAAAAUCUAUUACUUGGAAAAGUUUUUCAAAAUUCUCCAAAAUCCUAAUCGACUACACCCCGUUGGAGAAUUUUACCCUGGAAUUCCGUAUCUCCAAAUUUCCCCUCAUUUCAGUUAGUAGAAUUUCCCCUCGGUGCCAGUGUUUCUGUUAAAGAAUAGACUCAGAAACCGAGUACGUGGUUUUUGUGUGUGGUUUGUGGGCUGUUGUCGGUCAGCCAGUUUCCUUGUCAUCACCGAUCACCAGGUUGCUUCUAUGAGCAACUUCAGGAUUAUAUGCUGCUCCAUGACUAGGUGAUGAAGGGUUUUUGUGAGAGGGCUGUUGCGUCAAAAUAUUCCUCCAAAAGUUCAACAGAGUCGACAGAUAGGGGUCCGUCAUCUGUUUGUUCAGAUUCAGGAUCUAGGGACAGUAAGCACGACAAGGCGUCCCUGUGGUCAAACUUCUUUGCAUCUGCCUUUUCAAUCUUUGAAACACAUAGUGAGUCAUCAAUUACUGAAAAGAAGGAAAUUCAUUCUAGAAACAAUGGAUGGACAGAAGCUGUGAGGAAAGUUGUGACUGGUGGCUCUAUGAGGAGGAUUCACGAGCGUGUACUUGGAUCCAGCAGAACUGGCAUCUCUUCUGCUAGUGACAUAUGGCUUCUUGGUGUGCUCUACAAAAUCUCACAAGAUGAGUCCUCUGGAGACGCAGCUACCAACAAUGGAUUAAGAGCAUUUGAACAGGAUUUCUCAUCAAGAAUUUUGAUGACAUAUCGUAAAGGUUUUGAUGCUAUUGGAGAUUCAAAGUAUACUAGUGACGUAAAUUGGGGCUGCAUGCUUCGGAGUAGUCAGAUGCUUGUAGCCCAGGCAUUGCUUUUCCAUAGAUUGGGAAGAUCUUGGAGAAGACCCUUGCACAAGCCUUUAGAUGAACAAUAUAUUGAGAUCCUGCAUCAUUUUGGUGAUUCCGAAGGAUCAGCUUUCUCUAUCCACAAUCUUCUUCAGGCUGGAAAGGCUUAUGACCUUGCUGCCGGGUCAUGGGUUGGCCCAUAUGCCAUGUGCCGCUCAUGGGAGACUCUAAUUCGGUGUAAGAGAGAAGGAACUGCCUUUGAUAACCAGCCACUUCCAAUGGCUGUUUAUAUUGUAUCUGGGGAUGAAGAUGGGGAACGGGGUGGAGCCCCAGUUGUCUGCAUUCAAGAUGCCUCUAGAUAUUGUUUGGAGUUUUCAAGAGGUCGGGUUGAUUGGACGCCUAUUCUUUUACUGGUUCCUUUGGUUCUUGGACUUGAAAAAGUCAACCCCAGGUACAUUCCAUCAUUGUGGGCGACAUUCACUUUUCCCCAAAGUCUUGGCAUCAUGGGUGGAAAACCUGGUGCAUCAACUUACAUUAUAGGUGUGCAAGAUGAAAAAGCACUUUACCUUGAUCCGCAUGAAGUUCAGCCGGCAAUCAAUAUAAGACGGGAUGAUUUAGAGGCUGAUACUUUAUCUUACCACUGCAAUGUUAUACGGCACAUUCCCCUUGAUUCUAUUGAUCCAUCUUUGGCGAUAGGAUUUUAUUGCCGUGACAGAGAUGAUUUUGAUGAUUUUUGUUUUCGAGCUUCCAAGCUGGCAGAUGGAUCAAACGGUGCUCCGCUGUUCACUGUGACUCAGACGCAUAAUUUUCCCAAGCCGGUUAACCACAGUGAUGUUUUGGAUGAUAGUGGUGGGGUUCAAAAUGAUGAUUCAUUUGUGGCCCCGCCCAUAAGUGAUGCAGACGGAAGUGCACAUGAAGAUGACUGGCAACUCCUAUGAUGACUGUUUACUGGGUGUAAAAUUAAUAUGGGGUUUGGCAACCUUGUACAUUGUGGGUGUUUCUGGCUGCCUGGGUUAUCUCCCCAGAUCUAGAGAACCUCUGACUGGCAUUUGGACUGCAAAUUCAGAUGUCUCGUGAUUGUGUGCAUUAUUCCUGGAGUUUGGUGAAGUUGACAUUUGUAGAGAACAGAUUAAUUAUUAUUCUUGUUAAUUAAAUUAUUAUCAAUCUCUCGCCUUC